AUGCAACAGUGUAACACUGAGUCUAAUAAAUCACUUCAAGGCCAAGAUAUCCCUGGCCCACAAGGACUAGAUGGUUUUCCUGGAGUCAAAGGUCUGAAGGGCCAUCAAGGACCCCCAGGAGUCACCUAUCCUGGGCCUAAAGGUCGGACGGGCCCACCUGGUGACACAGGUCUUCCAGGCUUCCCUGGCGAAGCUGGAUACCCUGGCACAGAAUGCGACACACCUUCACCGGGACCCCAUGGAGAUGUAGGAUAUGAAGGACCUACAGGGCUCCCAGGUCUUCCAGGGGAACCAGGCCCUCCAGGCAGCAGCACAUCCUCCUUUGGAGAUCGAGGACCGAUUGGCCCCCCAGGGUUAACAGGCUGUAAGGGAGCCAUGGGCCACCGAGGGCCUCCUGGAUCUCACAACAAUCCAGGCUUUAUCGGUCCAAAAGGUGAGAGAGGUCCCAAUGGUCCCAGAGGUGCUCAAGGACCCAAAGGUCAGCAAGGUUUCCCUGGGCCACGGGGCCCUAAGGGAAAAACGGGUCCAGCUGGAAAUAGUGGCGUCAGAGGAGCUCCUGGUGAUUCCAUCAGUGGACGAGUAGGGGUGGCUCCUCCCGGACUUCUAGGACCAAUUGGUCCCCCCGGAUCUCGGGGAUUCCCUGGUGAUGUCGGUCCUCCUGGGGGUCCAGGACGUAAAGGAGAGAAGGGUUCUGCAGGCUCCAUGGGCGGCCCUGGUCUACCGGGUCCUGCUGGUCCUAAUGGCUAUGUUGGAGACCCAGGUGAAGUCGGUCAGCAAGGAUUCAUUGGACCACAAGGCCCACCUGGUGAACAAGGUCCACCAGGUCACAGGAGGACAUCCAGGUCAGGCUUCCUCUUGGUUGUCCACAGCCAGUCAGUGCAGGUGCCUCAGUGCCCUGAAGGCAGCAGUCAGCUUUGGGUGGGCUACAGUCUGGUGUACCUAGAGGGACAAGAGAAGGCUCACACACAAGACCUGGGCCAGGCUGGCUCCUGCCUCCCUGUUUUCUCUACCAUGCCUUUCUCCUACUGCAACACAGCUGCCUGUCACUACGCCGGCCGCAAUGACAAAUCCUAUUGGCUCUCCACCACUGCUCCCAUACCCAUGAUGCCACUAUUCGGCCAGGAGAUUAGCUCCCACAUCAGCCGCUGUGCAGUGUGUGAGACGGUGUCACUUGCAGUGGCUUUCCAUAGCCAGGAUCACAUGGUUCCUGCAUGCCCACCUGGCUGGAGGAGUCUGUGGAAGGGCUUCUCUUUCCUCCUGCACACAGGGGAAGGUGUUAAUGGUGGUGGCCAGUCUCUGACCUCCUCCGGCAGCUGCCUCAAGGAUUUCAGAACUCACCCCUUCAUAGAAUGCCAGGGCGAGCGAGGCUCCUGUCACUACUUCGCCAACCUAUACAGCUUUUGGCUGACUACUGUGAGUGAGACAGAGCAGUUCAUCAUCCCGAGACCGGGCACCAUCAAAGCAGCUGACAAACAGCGACACAAGGCCAGCCAGUGUCAUGUCUGCCUCAGACGGAUAUAA